AAAAAAAGGAUCUUCAUACGUUAUUUUCUCUGCAUAGUUGUCAUCGAGUCUAUUGCUCCCAUUUUCCAUUCUCUAUUGCUCUCCUAGCUUUCUUUUCAUUCACAUUUCGCUGGGAGCUUCUUUCUCAUUGCUGACAAAAUGGCAAACGCAGUGUCCGGAAUGGCUGUGGAGGAUGAGUGCAAACUAAGGUUCCAGGAGCUUAAAGCAAAGAGAAGCUACCGUUUCAUUGUGUUCAAAAUUGAUGGACAGCAAGUGGUGGUUGAUAAAUUAGGGGACCCCGAAGAAAGUUAUGACGAUUUCAUGGCCAGUUUGCCAGAUAACGAGUGUCGUUAUGCAGUCUAUGAUUUUCAUUUCACAACAAAUGAGAAUUGCCAGAAAAGCAAGAUCUUUUUUUUUGCAUGGUCACCAGAUACCUCAAAGGUGAGGAUGAAGAUGGUGUAUGCAAGUUCCAAGGAUAGAUUCAAGAGAGAAUUGGAUGGCAUCCAAGUAGAAGUGCAAGCCACUGAUCCAAGUGAAAUGAGCUUGGACAUUGUGAAAGCGCGAGCCUACUAAUUAUGCUUCUCUUUUUGCUAUCUUAGCCCUUCUUCACUGUUAUGGAUUAAUUCCUAAUUGUUUGGCAACUUUGGAAGCCAUCUAUUUUUUGCUAUUAUAGUUUGGAUUCAACAACGACUGAUCCAAAAUGACAUUCACUGUCAUAACCAUUAUUCUUCCUUGUAUUCAAUCCUUGUUCAGUUUUUCUAGUGAUCUUGGGUUCUUGGUUUGUUUGAACUUUGA